CGAUCUAGAGUGCGGGAAGCGUCACACGUCAGUUUCGUUUCCUAUGAAUCCGAGCUACUUCGGACAUUUCCGGGAUUUUAGAUAUUUCCCACGCUUUGAACAUUGACGUUUGUCAAUUCUGACGGUCAUGUGAGUGAAUAUAUUCGUGUUGUUUUGCGAAAAUGUAACCAAAAACUAACGGUCGUAGAAAAAGUUUAGUAUGCAACAAGUUCGUUCGACCUCGACAACGUGAAACAAAUUUAAUUUCUGUGCUCUGUGUUUUGAUGUUUAUAAUGAGUUCACAGUAACCAAUUUUUUGUAAGCACAAUUUUCUACAAUUCACGAAAUUAAUCAGUUUGCAUAAAAUGUCAGAAAUUUCUACGUUGGAACCAUCUUUAAAUAAGGUCAUUCAGCAAACUAGUUUAAAAUGGAUUUUUGUUGGUGGUAAGGGGGGAGUUGGAAAAACAACUUGCAGCUGCAGCUUAGCUGUUCAAUUGUCAAAAGUGCGUGAAUCUGUUUUAAUUAUAUCCACAGAUCCAGCUCAUAAUAUAUCUGAUGCCUUUGAUCAAAAGUUCACCAAGGUUCCAACAUUGGUGAGAGGUUUUAAUAAUUUGUAUGCCAUGGAAAUUGAUCCAAAUAUCGGUGUUAAUGAGUUACCAGAGGAAUAUUUUGAUGGUGAUCAAGAUGCGAUGAAAAUGAGCAAAGGUAUACUUCAGGAACUUAUUAACGCAUUUCCGGGUACUGAUGAAACAAUGAGUUAUGCUGAAGUUAUGAAGCUAAUAAAAAGCAUGAACUUUUCUGUUGUAGUGUUUGACACUGCUCCUACAGGUCACACACUUCGUUUGCUUUCUUUUCCACAAGUGGUUGAAAAGGGUUUAGGGAAAUUAAUGAAAAUUAAAAUGAAAAUUUCACCUCUCAUCAAUCAAAUUGGUGGGCUGAUUGGCAUGUCGGAUAUCAAUUCUGAUAGUUUUUCAUUGAAAAUGGAAGAACUUUUAUCAGUUAUAAAACAAGUCAACAAGCAAUUUAAAAAUCCUGAUCAGACCACCUUUAUAUGUGUCUGUAUAGCUGAAUUUUUAUCAUUGUACGAAACAGAGAGGUUGGUACAAGAAUUGACGAAAUGUAGAAUAGACACUCACAAUAUUAUAGUAAAUCAGUUGUUAUUCAAAAAAUCCGGUGAUGACAGCUGCAAAAUGUGCACUGCCCGUAUGAAAAUUCAGCAAAAGUAUCUAGACCAGAUACAAGAUCUUUACGAAGACUUCCACGUGGUUAAGCUGCCACUCUUAGACAAUGAAGUAAGAGGUGUUCAAAAAAUAAUAUCAUUUUCAGAGUAUCUAGUCUUGCCUUACUCUGUUUAGUACAUUUAAAGGGCACUGGGAUGUAUAAAUUAUUUGAAACAUUAUUAUGAGUGUAUGAAAUGUAAUUCCACUAUUUUUUUAGAUAUCUAUGUAUUAGUUUGUUCUCUUUUGAUGUUUGAGCUUUAGGUUGUUGUUAUAUAUAUAUUCUUGAAUUAAACUUUUGAA